UGCGAAUUUGUCGAACAUGCGGGCUAAAAAAGCAAAACAUGACGAAGCGGAAGGGGGUGGCAAGGCUGGGAUGCCAUUUUCAUCUUCUUUCCAGGAUCAGAAGAACUAUCAGGAAAUUCAGAGGAAAGAAGCUGAUAGCAAAAUUGAAGACAAUUCUGAUUAUAAGGAUUCAUGGUCCAGUGAUGAAGGGGAAGGAAUUAGUUUGGAGGAAUUGAAGCUAACAAAAGGAUACCAACUGUUUAAGGAAGCCUUACAAGCGCACGCAAACUGAACUCGGCCAAGUCCGUCUGAGCAGGGUUCUGUAUUCACUAGUUGACAAUGAUUUGCUUGAGGCUGGGCUAUUAUGAGGCUAGAAUUUUAGACUUUUUAGAUCAAUGGCAUAAAUUGUUCAUUAGAAAAUUUUCUACAUCAAAACUAUUUUUUAAUUACUGGUUUUUUUAAGCACAUACUUAUAGCUAUUGAAAUAGUUUAUUUUUGCGAUAAGAUCUCAAUUAAAUACUUUAUGAUGUAAUUUGUAAUCUGCACCAACCAUUUUGCUCGAUGCAGUUUUUAGUAUUGAAUAGAAGUGUUUCUGAAAAUUAUAUUUCUAUACAAAGAUCCAAGGAUACAUUUGACGAAACAUCAAAUAUUUUUAUAU